AUGGCCCAAGAAAGCGGUAAACGCUACCUCCAUCAUACCUGCUGCAACGCCCGCAACGAUGACGACGACUAUUACGUCCUCUCUCCGGCCACUGGUGAGAACACGUCUGCGCCUCGUUAACCCCUAUUCUCACUGUCGCCAUCCCAACACCAACGAUGCGGACAUCGUUCUAACCUGUCCUCAUUGCGGUCGCACAAUUAGUUCACGCAUUGACCUGGCCGGUCUCUUGCAAAUCCAUCUAUCUGUGCCUAACUCACCAAUGCCACAAGUCGCCGCAUGCACUUCCAGAAUCCGCUUCAACUCUCCGAAAUGUCCAUGCACAUUCGUUCAGCGCAUGCGCAUAUUCGACCACGCGGUCGGCCAAGCGUGCGUUUGUGUGGAGCGACCUAUUAGCGGACUGAAAGCUAAACUGUGAUAACUCCUUCCUAGGGACGCUUUCCCACAUGUGAGAUCCGAACGCCUCCCCAUUUUAUGCGUAAUCCUGGUGUGUGCGUUUGGAGGCUAGGUUGUGCAUGUGGUGCGCACAGACGGGCUCCCUAGCUCUGUCAGACUCUUCUUCCACUGCCACGUUUUAUAGCUAGUCGACGCGAGCAGAGUACUGGUGCUCGGGAGGGGAAGGGUAAGUGAGGUCGACGGCUUAGCGCACAUCCAUCACCACAAACAAGCUGACGAGCAUGAAUCUACCACGACGCUCUAAUAACCGGGGCUUGGAAGCUAGCCAAAUAACGAGAUAACUCAGAACUCAGAGUCAACCCACUGUGUGUUUGUGUGCUAUGGCCGACCGACAAAAUGAGAUUCAGGUUAUAAUGGCUCCUCCUGAAUGUGCACUCUAUGACCCUCACACCUAGUGGGAUCCGAGCUAACCCUAUAGUUGUCGCCGUUUAAAAUCCUGGUCAAGUGUCCGUUGUGGGUCAGAAAAUAUGAUGGCAAUCCUUGGUUCAGGUUUAUGCCGCGCCAUCGACCUGCACCCUCCCUAACUUCGGAUCUUCAUGACAACAUCAUGUCAUCGGGCCCACGAUGGGAAGGAGGGUAAAGUAUAAUAUGGUGCUGAGCAAGUCUACUUUCACCCUAAAAUAAUUGACGCGCAAGUCGCCAUCCCUGUUCUCAACUUGCUGUUGGACACACGGUGGAAAUCGUCAAAAACAACGAUCGGCAUGUGGUGGUAUGUUUGUGUGCACUCUUAAAACGGUCCACGCAUUAAAUGCGCCGGGCCAUCACACAAGAUAGAUCAGUUUCCCGUAUUCGUUACUGGGGGUGCGCACAUAUAGCAGUGCCCGAAUUCGGAGUGUGGCAACGGGCUGUGGUGCGAAACCACGCCACACCAUUUAGAAUUUGAGCUGUCCCCUUUGUCCUUUUGUACAAAACCUUGUUAAUUUGUACGUUUGUGUCAAGGGAUGCGGUGGUUCACAUAAGUGCGGGGAUUUCGAUGUGACACGCAACUACGCUCUCCUGCCCCCGGACGUUCCGACUCUGUCUUAAUACCGGACCCAGAUGGGGGGAGAGGGUGUGCCAAAUAAUGCGCAAGUAUACCAUCACUGUAAACGAAUUCCUGCGCAAAUCACCGUCCCUGGUACAACCCUACGGUGGAGAACACGGUGGACAUCGCCGGAAACGGUAGUGAAGCUGUCGUGUACGUUCUAUUCACUACUAAUGCUUUGCCCCUGGGGCGUCGCAGUACUUUCUCAGAACAGUGGUAAGCACACCGAAUAUGAAGGCUGGACUUUCUAGCCCUUUUCGAGGAUAUAACUGACUUCAAAAAGCUAAAUUUGUUUGCUGUAUUAUCUCUUAAGUGAACUGCUUUGCAAGAUUGCAUCUGCCAAUGCUUGAGUAAAUGCUUCGUUUUACAGUGGCGCGUGCAGCUUGGGUUUUUAUGUCUGCUUCCUAGUUUUCACUGCAGUAUGUAUCAAUCCGGCGUCUUUUCCUCCUUUUCCGCCAGUUAAAGUAUUGGUGCAUUGACACUUUUGCAGCAUAACUUGACUGUAAUAUCUUCGUGAGUACGCGACGUACAUUUCCAAUUACUCAAGAUAAUUCAAUUUUUGAAGAGGUCUCAUGGAUCCGAAAUCAUUCAUUUGGAACGUUUACAGACCACUCAUGAUUUAUCUUGUCUUUUAAUCUGCUUGAAUUGAUCCUCGGGUUCUAAAUUCUUCCAGAGGGGGGUGUCCGUAGUCUAAUGUGACUUUGCCUCGGGUUCAAGCCUUACUUUCGUCGAUCAUAAAGAUGCCGGGGCAGACUAUAGCGUUGUCCUGGUUUCUAAUUUUAUUAGCUAUCGGCGCGAUCAUAUUCCUUAGCAUAAUUAUUGUUGUAAAGCGAAGCAUUUCACGGCGCAAGGGUCGCGUCGGUAAGAUUAUUUACACACCUUGUGGCCACGGUGCCCCUAACGUAUGCGUUAAACCAUAAUUCAGUGUCUCUUUAGAUGUGGAAGGACCUGGUGAACAAGAAGAUUAAUGCCACUGUGGAGGUCCGGACUGAACCCCGGAUUUUGGGCCCUACAAGCUCUGACGGAUUGUGCCCCAAUCCAACUAACCGUAAGAGCCCUUCGUUUUCUAACUCAUUUCAUGCAGAAGUCCUUGGCUUUCGCUUUCGGGCUAAAACCGUUGACUUGUUUGUUGAUCUAAGUAAGUCCUCCCUGCUUGCAUUCACUUUCACAGAGGAAGCCAUAUUGCUAUCUUUUUCAGAUCUGGAGGCUCCUCCCAUACGAAAUAUUAGAGAUUUUUUGAUGGCUGCGCGUGCAAAAGCCAUGCAUCCUACCGCUCCCCGUGAUAUGGUUGAUUCAUAUUGUAAACUGUACAUGCGAGCUCGUCAUGACCCUGGGGUACGUUUACGACUGUCCUAGCGACAAAUUUUCACGUACUUAUUUGACUGCUGUAACUUUCCUCUGCUUGAAUACUGAUAUAGACUAUAUAUGAGGCCUCUUGUAAUGUGUAUUUGAUGUUACUGUUUAAACUACAGCCAUACACUGAAUCGGACUAUUUUACCUUUGUGGAUCUGCACGAUCAGCUCAUCAAGCGGUGAGUCUGUAUUCAAAAGCAUUUUGGUUCCACUGCCUAGCUACUAGGUGGGACCAUUUAUUCAUUGCUUUUUACUACUUUAAACUGUGCUCCAACUUUCGCCACCCCCGCCCCCGAGACAUCUAUUUAUCAGAACAAAACGGGCACCCCAAAUUGAUCUACCUUUUGUUAUUGUGAACCGUAAAUACUUAAAGGUUUCUUCCAGAUCUGUGCACCUCUCAACGAAUUAUGGUGUUUACCUGAAAUCUUCUAAUUUUUUUUCAUUUUCACCGCCCUAGCAGCUUCUUUUUGCUCACCACACUUGGCGUUGCCAAUUUGGUAUUUCAGGAACAUCCUCUUGACUGUCCCUUAUAUCUCAGGUGUUGGAUGCCCACUUUUUAAUCCUCAGUUUACUUAUAUUCAAGCGUUAUCCGAAGAGAUCCUGCUCAAUGCAAGCCGUCGAAGUCCACGUCUCGAGCAACUUCAAAAUCCGAGCCAUCAGAUGCAAAACCCACCAAACUCACUUCCGUUUCUGCGGGUCUGCUUGCCUGUUCAGACAGACAUCGCAAAUUGGCAACCUAUCAGCAGAUGGAAUCCGCCGAUGACAAUCUAGCACUGGCAUCCAGCAUAGGAGAUUCAUUCCCUCCUGAAAUUUCCCAGUUUUAUUCGCGCACAUGCACUGACGAUAACACGGGCUUCCUACCUAGUUUCCGGGGUGGACCAGUAGAUAGUUUGCAAAUGCAAACUAUCCACGGCAGCGGUGAACCAUCAAACCAGGGUGGCGGAGGCAGUGGCCACCAUCCGGCGGUCACCUCUUUGUCGGGUAAUCCGUUCCUUCCAUAUAACAGCACAUUAGUCCGACCACUCGCCGGUAAUGCAAGGCCCACUCUGAGUCGCAGCAGCAGCGCGGCCAGUGACGACUCUCAGACGGCACUUAUCUGUCUUGACACUUCGAGAGCGACCUCAGGCCGCGUCCACGAACUUCCACAUCACGAAUAA